ACCUGGCGUGGCGCAUGCGCCUCGACGCUCGGGCCCGCGGGCUCCUUUCUCCGUCGCCGCUCCAGGACGCGGCCUCGGGGGAGCCCCACCGGGACGGAGCCGCGGGGCCUGCGACUUCCCCCGGAGCUGGCCUGAGGGAUUCUCCUGUCCAUGGCUGCCACCAAAACUUCCAGUUAUGAUGAACAUUUCAGGCCAGAAAAGUUAAGAGAAUGGCCGGAGCCCGAGUCCGUUUCUUUAAUGGAGGUAUUAGCUAGAGAAGACAUUGAUGAAGCAGUACGUGCAAUAUUAUUUAGAGAAAAUUCUGUUGUGAAGGUUACAGUCCCACCAUUUGUUGAUCCUCUGUUUCAAAGACAGCAAGAGGUGGAUGAAGAGAAGAGAACUGGUCUUCAAUGUGAGACAGGAAAACGAUGUUCCAUAAAAGAACUUAAAGAAAUAGAGAAGGCCAGGCUGCAUGCCAGCUCACCCUAUUUCACUUUCACUUCACACCAUGUGAUUCCAAAAGAGUGGCAUAAAGCCUCUGUAAGAGCCAGGAGUAAAACUUACAAAUACAGUCCUGAAAAGCUCAUCUGUGCAGACAAGAAACAGAAAAGAAAAGAGAAAAAGACGACCGACCUAAGUCAGGCUGCGUUUGAAAGGCAGUUCCUUUCCUCAAAGCUCAGCCGGAAGAACAAAGUGGGUGAAAGGAAGGGUCUGGUGAGCAGAGGCCUGGGGCGGGGCUGGCAUGCAGGGCUUUGCAGCUCCCAUGAGCAACACAUACUGGUUCCAGAAUGAGCCACCGCCACAGCCCUCCCUGUCAGACAGGCACCCAAGGGCGGAGGAGGCAUGGCCCAAGAAGAAGGGCGUGAAGAGGAGGAGGGAGAAAUGGCGGGUGGCCUCAGGCUCAGCACUGCAGCUCUGACAGGGUCCCUCGGGCGGGGAAGCCUUGCAUGAAGAAACUCAGACAAGUGGUAAAUGUGGGACCUGGACCCCACUUUCCGGAGACAGAUCCUGUCCUUCCGAGGUGAGGGCCAACCUGGCCACAGGGGCUUUUCCCCCUGAGAUUUCUUCAGCGCCUUCGCCCGGGCCUUUGCCCUUCUGCCACUUUCCCACCAUUUUCCACUUACCCCAUCCAAACUGCACCAAAAAUGGUGUUCUCCUUAGUCCACACACAACAGGUGGGAAGUUUUUGAAAUGAAAUUUAUACCAAAAAAUUGGGGCAAGAUGAGAUUUUUUGAUAUUUAAAAGGUAUUUUUAUAUGUAGGAAUUUUCUGAGUACAGAUUUCUUAUCCAGAGCUCAUGGUUCAUUUGACACAGUUUUCAGCUCCUGGUCUAUUUCCCCUUCCAUUCUCUCUGCCACGCCCUGUACCCUGAGGCCUGAGGCGCAGGACCCUCCCAGGGAAGGCCUAGGGGGCUUGGUGGGCCACCGCUCAGCUCAGGACCUGACAGCAUCACUCCCACCCCUCACCACCACACAUACAGGAUGGGGGACUGCUGCUGCUUUCCAGCCUGUGAGCCUGGAUAGGUAUUUUGUGACCCAGCUCCUGCUCAGUCCCAUCGCUGUCCCCGGUCUCUCCAGGGAAUAAGGGAUUCUCUGUCUGUGGUAAGUUACCUGUGACUCUUCAGCAGUUUCCUCUGAGCAUAAUUAUAUCUGAGAGCACAGGUAGCUCCUCAUUCCGUAUAUUUUUCAAAUAUUCAAGAUGUACAACGUGAUGAUUUGCUAUAGGUAUUCAUUGUGAAAUGUUUGCCACAGUCAAGCUUGUUGACAUACCCACCAGCUCACAUUUACUGUUUUCGUGUGUGUGGUGAGAAUACUCACGAUCUACUCUGAGCAAAUUGCAAGUAUAUGUUAUUAGUAACUGUAGUAUCUGUGUUGUCCAUUAGGCCUCUAGAACCUACUGUUACUCGUGAAGGGUCUUCACUAUGAUUUGUUCAGGUCCUUGGCAUUUUGAACAAUGAAUUGACCAAAACGCACAGAGUAGCAGAGGAAUGAAACGCGGGAGCGAAGCAGCGAAAGCAGAGAUUUAUUCAAGACAGAAAGCUCUGCAGGGUGGGAGCAGGCCCAGCAAGGGAUCAAGGGUGUUAAGUUCCCUGUUUGAGGUUCUUAUCUGCUACCCCUUAUAUGGAUGAAGGAUUUGGUCCCUGGCUAUUUAAAGGCUGACGUGAAUUGGCGCUCUAUGCAGAUGAAGGGAUGGUCCCUGUGUUGGCUGCAGCUAAUCCAGGGCACUCUCCCUUUCCAUCUGAGACGUUGUAGGGAGAGUAGCCUUUGAUCUUUUGCUGCUUGGCUUGGGGAGAUGGGGUUUUCCUUUUGGUUCCACUUUCGGAAGUAUGUGUUAAUUGGCCUCAGGUUCCCUGCCCCCAGACCCAGGUGUUUUCCUUUUGAUCCAGCUUUGGGAAGGCAGCUCGAAUUGGCCUUGGAUUUCCUGUGCCCAGACCUUGCUGUUGUCCCUGUCUCCUGACCCUGUUCUCCUGCCUCAAUACUUACCACGUAAAGUUUGUACCCUUUGACCAACAAACACCUGUCACCUCACUGCCCCCACGCCCUGACUCUGGUAACCACCCUUCUGUUCUGGAUGGGUUUGACAUCUUUAGAUACCACAUAUUG